GUGUUUCUGUUAGUGUUUAACCAAAUAUCUGUCUCUAAGGGGCGGGUUUAACAGAAGAAAGAUUGAAGCCUGAGACUUAAAAAGACAGCUUUUGCAGGGUGACUCCCUGGAUUCUGGAGGAGAGGGAGGGAGAGUCUUGGACACAGGACCGAGCCACGAUGGAACCUAGCUUCACCUCCAAGGACACUUACCUGAGACAUUUCAACCCUCGGGAUUACCUAGAAAAAUAUUACAACUUUGGGUCCAGACACUCUGCGGAAAACGAGAUUCUCAGGCAUCUUCUGAAAAAUCUUUUCAAGAUAUUCUGCCUGGAUGGCGUGAAGGGGGACCUCCUGAUUGACAUCGGCUCUGGCCCCACCAUCUACCAGCUCCUCUCUGCUUGUGAGUCCUUCAAGGAGAUCAUUGCCACCGAUUACACAGACCAGAACUUGCAGGAACUGGAAAAGUGGCUGAAGAAGGAACCAGGGGCCUUUGACUGGUCCCCAGUGGUGACCUACGUGUGCGAGCUCGAAGGGAACAGAGCCAAGGAGCUGGAGAAGGAGGAGAAGCUGAGGCGCACGGUCAGGCGGGUCCUGAAGUGCGACGUGACUCAGAGCCGGCCGCUGGGUGCCGUGUCCCUGCCCCCGGCCGACUGCCUGCUCAGCACGCUGUGCCUGGACGCCGCCUGCCCAGACCUCCCUGCCUACUGCGCAGCCCUCAGGAACCUCGGCAGCCUGCUGAAGCCGGGGGGCUUCCUGGUGGUGGUGGACGCCCUGAAGAGCAGCUACUACAUGAUCGGGGAGCAGAGGUUCUCCAGCCUCUGCCUGGGCCAGGAGGCAAUAGAGGCUGCCGUGAGAGAGGCUGGCUACUCCGUGGAGCGGUUUGAGGUCAUCUGCCAAAGCUAUUCUUCCACCAUGUGUGACAACGAAGGGCUGUUCUCCCUGGUGGGGCGGAAGCUGAGCACAUCUGUAUGAUCCCUUGUGGUUGCAAUUAAAGCAAUUCCUCCCUGGCCCAGUUAA